AUGCAAAAAGUGGCAGCGGAAAUCCGCGCGAUCGCAAACCGCUACGAGAUUCAUAUCCCUGGCGAGGGUAAUGUAGCUCUGGUGCUGCGCUCCAUAGGCGAUGAGCUGCGCAGCGACCGCCUACGAUCAGAGCUCGGCGCAACAGAUUUGCCGCAGCUAUGCGGCACGCUGCUGGAUGACAAGACGCCAGCGAGCGAGCGGACUGAGGCGCUGCGUGUGCUUGCAAAUUUGUGCAUUUGUGAUUCAUCAAAUCGUGAACACAUUCUUGAGCAUGGCAUCGAUGCAGCCAUGCUCGCCGUGCUGACCCGGCAUGCGACACAACAAUCCAAGCUCGGAAAGAGCACGCUGCUAGAGCUCAUGGCCGGCGUCGGUGCCCUGCUGAAUCUCGCGACAGACUGUCCACGCGCCAGGGCCACAAUGACAGAAGCCGGCGCAGUCGCGACGGUAAGUGCAUUGGUUGGCUCCGAGCGUAUAUACCAAGUUGGCUCGUGGGCGUUUGGCCCUCCUCAAGGCGCGCGGCCUGACUGGGCCGAGGAAAUUAUGAUGCGUUUGCGCAUCGCUUCCUGGGGCUGGAGUUUGGUGCUGACCCUGCUGGACACUUCGGACGAGACGGGUCAACAGCAGCUGCAAUCUGAAAAGCGGCCUGUUGUGUGGCACGCCGAGCAAGUAUUCCACGCGCUGACACCCUUGCGUGCGCUCGCAGCCAAUACUGAAAAAGCGCCCGCGUUUGACGAGGAAUUUGACUUGGAAGAGAUGGUCGAGCUAGAGCACGCUAUUUAUCUCGGCUUGUCCGCCGUGCUGGACGACGGUGUGCGCUCUGACGCGUUUUGCCGCCUUGCCACUGUGCCAUACGGCGAGGAGCCAUCUGCUUUGCAAUCCAUGUGUGAAAUUGUGCGGCAGGCGAUUGCGCUUCCCCUGUAUCUACGUGUGCUUGUGUGCAAGGAUCAAGAUGCGGAGCAAGCCGCAGAGAGUGUCGUGGCCACGGGUCGUAUGAAGGCGUCGCAUGCCAUUGUAGCUAUCGCAGGCAACGAUGCAAACCUUGAUACCCUAUGUCCAGUCACGCCGGAUGGACAGCUUGCGUCGGAUCAUUGGUUUGUCGCAGAGCUCACCAGUGCUGUGCUAGCCGAGCCCGAACUUGUCCGACUUCCGUGCUCGAUGCUUGCACUCGGCAACUUGGCGCGCGGUGAGAAACAAUGUAUUGCACUCGCACAGGUGCAUGGCUUGGUCGAUGCUGUCGUCGCGCAUAUGAAGAAUGGGAAUAUGCACGUCGCACAUGCCGCCGUAGGCCUGCUCAAGAAUUUGGCCAUUCCCACUACCAACAAGCCCCGUAUCGCGGCGACAGGACUUGUGCCUACGCUGCUGACCUUUCUCGCAAGGGAGCGCGACAUGAUACAGCCCUUGCAGUACGGCGCCGUCGGUCUUCUCAAGCAUCUUGCGAACGAUGUGUCACACCCAGAUUCCGUGCUCUUCCUCUUUGGCCUCUUGCCAGCACCUGCAAAGCCAACCGAAAUGGUGCAAGUGCUCCUGCAACUCUACCGUCGCACGGACCAGCUGCAUUUAAAGCUCGAAACGACGCGCGUGUUUGUCCACAUCAUCCGUUCUUUGUGGAGUGCGAACCAGACCCGCGUGCAAGAGAUUGCUGCGAAGCAGCACCUAACAGAGGCGCACGUCGACGAGCAAAUCAAGCUCGCAUGUACGGAAAUGCACGACGCAGCAGUACUGGAUGCGCUCAACGCACUACUGCGCUAUGGUCGCACGAAUGCUGUGCUGCUUAGUGAAGGAUUGCUUACCCUCACGCUCGUUUACAGCGCCAAUGCCAGCACCGCGUCGGAUGCGGCGACGAGUCUGAUACAGCACGUCGAGGGAAGCGCAAGCGAACAACACUUUUCUACUGGCGCAGAGGCACUGGUGUAUGCAUUGGGCGAUGUGCCGGUGCAAAUCCAAGGGAAUGCAUGCAGCCUGAUCCAAGUACUGGCAGCCGCGCCCCCGACCGAGGCACAACAGACUCUCUGUGCAGCUGUGCGCGCACCAUUGACGUCGCUAGCAACAUCUACCUCGCAAAUUCAGUCGGCCGCAUGCAAGGCACUGGAGCUUGUAGAGGCGCAGCAAAUGUAG